UUGUCGGUGCCCGGAUGCACCGAGGGAUUGUCGGUUUGACAGCAAAGAGGAAAGCGUAUAUACAGUAAUUCGUGCCAGAACGGGCAAAGAAACCUGGUCUCUGGAAAAUGGUCACGCAAAAGGCCGUGCAAUAUCUUUCCGGCUUGCAGAUGAAAUAACCGAGAAUCGGCUUUCCGCAUACUGUCUAUUUUCAGAUAGGAGACUUGGUGAAGACGUCACUAGGGAGUAAUGCCUGUUGAAAGUGGAACCAGUUCAGCUGCUCGUCAAGCAAAACAGAAGCGCAAGUCCCACAGCCUUUCCAUCCGCAGGACCAACAGCACAGAACAAGACAGACCAGCAAUGCAGAGGGACGUGCUGGAAGGACAAGAUUCAAAACUGCCUUCAGCUGUACGACACAAUCUACUUGAGCUUUUUGGACAGAUUGAGCGCGAGUUUGAGAAUUUGUAUAUUGAAAAUGUGGAGUUGCGCCGAGAAAUUGACACACUUAAUGAGCGCCUGGCAGCUGAAGGACAAACCAUUGACGGAGGGGACCUGAGCAGGGGACCUUUGAAAGCAAAAGCCAGCCACAGUACCAGUCAACUGUCUCAAAAACUGAAGACAACUUACAAGGCCUCAACCAGCAAGCGCUCACAUUCUUUCCAUGGCAAAUUAGGUGGACCUUGCAACUUCAAUGUGGGAAACUGGGAGUUAUGGGGUGGAGACUCAUGGAUUGUGUCCAGCUUCAAAACCACAACCUCAAGAGCAGUCUGCCAGCUGGUUAAGGAGUAUGUUGGACACAGAGAUGGAAUUUGGGAUGUUAGGGUCACACGGACACAACCCAUUGUCUUGGGCACCGCGUCAGCAGAUCACACUGCCAUGCUGUGGAGCAUUGAAACAGGAAAGUGCCUUCUUAAAUACGUGGGUCAUGCUGGGUCAGUUAAUUCAAUUAAAUUUCAUCCAACGGAGCAAGUAGCACUCACAGCAUCUGGAGACCAGACGGCUCACAUCUGGAGGUUUAUGGUGCAACUGCCCACCCCACAGCCAACAGCAGACACCAGUCAGGUGUCUGUAGAUGAUGAAAUUGACUUUUCUGAUAAAGAUGAAGCUGAUUGUGACGGGGAUGGCUCCAGCGAGUGUCCGACUAUCAGAAUUCCUUCGACCACGCUGAAGAGUCACCAGGGCGUGGUCAUAGCCGCGGAUUGGCUGGUCGGAGGAAAGCAGGUGGUCACAGCUUCAUGGGACAGGGCAGCUAAUCUGUAUGAUGUGGAAACAUCUGAGCUUGUCCAUUCACUUACAGGUCACGAUCAGGAGUUAACCCACUGCUGUACUCAUCCCACACAGCGUCUUGUGGUCACUUCAUCUCGUGACACCACCUUCCGUCUCUGGGAUUUUAGAGAUCCUUCAAUACACUCUGUGAAUGUCUUUCAGGGUCACACUGACACUGUUACUUCGGCCGUUUUCACUGUGGGGGAUAAUGUGGUUUCUGGCAGCGAUGAUCGUACUGUAAAGGUUUGGGAUUUGAAGAACAUGAGAUCUCCAAUAGCAACCAUCCGUACCGACUCCGCGGUGAACAGGAUUAGUGUAUCUGUGAGCCAAAGAAUAAUUGCUCUUCCACAUGACAAUCGUCAGGUCAGGCUGUUUGAUAUGUCAGGAGUCCGGUUAGCUCGUCUUCCUCGCAGCAACAGACAGGGCCACCGCCGAAUGGUGUGCUGUUCAGCCUGGAGUGAAGACAAUCCCACCUGCAACUUGUUCACCUGCGGAUUCGACCGGCAAGCCAUUGGAUGGAAUAUCAACAUCCCUGCCCUGCUGCAGGAGAAAUAAGUUUUAGAAGCGCUCUCAAGCCAUGAACUGUUACCCAUUGAAGUGUUUGUGCUGAGCUCAGAUCAAUGUGAAACUUUCUCCAGGGAGAAAGUCUUGUGUAUGUGUUGUAUUUGCACCUGUGUGCACCCUGCAUGGAAUGUAUAUAAAACGUGGGAUUGUUUUGGUUUUAAAAUACCCUAUAUGCCAAUAUUUCAGUCUAUGAGCUCUUCUGUAUUUUUCUAUUUUGUUUUGGUCAUUAGAAAAACUUUAGUCUGGUAAAUGUAAAAUUGCACAUAACUUAUUACAAAAGCUUCAGCAGAAAAAGAAAAAAAGAAAACAGCCUUCUGACACACUUAUGGUUCAGAUGUGAAAUGCAUUAGUCAUUGUAACAAAACUGACCUUUACCUAGACAUUACACAUCUACUUCAUUCUUCACCUUGUAUAUUUAAAGAUGUAAACCAUACAGGGCUGGAUGUUGCAAUAUUAAUGUAAACUUCAAUUGAGUGUGCAGUUCCACUGUGUACUGUUUGGGAUUGGCAUACAGUAGUGUAAUGCAGGUGAAAUGUUGUCAUCUAGGCUUGUGAAUAGUUCUGUGUAAAGGAUUUUAAGACACAGUUACUGAUUUAACUUUUGAUUUUGAACUGCAUUUGUACAGAAUUUUACAGGUCCUUGUUUUAACCCUAUUUUGUAGACCUGUGCCACCAUCAUGGUAUGAACUUGGAGAGGGAGGCGUAGUUUGUUUUAGCUUCAGGAAUGAAGUGAUAGUUCUUUUCAGAAUAUGGAGAAAUAAAGGGUAAGUAGUUAAGGGUUAAAUACAUUGUAACCUGUUGUACUUUUCUGUGUGUAGAGUAUGAGUGCAGAUGGUUGAACACACAACGUGUGAUUAUUGUAUAAAACUAGUAUAUAGCACAAUUUAAGUACCUUAAUAAAAAGGUUUUGGCUCACUGCCUCACUUUAAGUAUUAAACAUUUAUAAAUGCUUGAAACCUAAAAAUUGAGCCACACGUAGGAAACACAGGUUAGGAUCUUAAAAGAUCGAUUUUUUAAUGUGCUGUAAACUCUGAACAUGUUGCUGGUAGUUUGAGACGCAUCACUAUUUGCUCUUGAAUGUAACAGAUACAAAUCAGCCAGGCCCUUCCAUGCAUGCUAUUUGUUAAAGCAGUUCUUGCUGAUUUGAUCAGUUGUUCUUUGACAAGGGAUCCAGAAACGCGGUUGCUUCUUACAAGCUAAGAUCAUCUGCUUGUCAGUGGGUUUGUUAGUAUUUCAGUUUCACAAUGUUUAGUUGUUGUGGUUUUUUUUUUUUUUGGUCUUUUACAUUUUCCUUUCCACUCUAACACAACUGUAUUCCCAUUUAAUUAAAAUAUAGGUGAUUUGUCUUUUUCUAAAUCUUUGUGGUGGUCUUUUUUUAUUUUUUAUAGAUACAGUACUGUCUUUUUCAUUUCUCAGACUUGAAAAGCAUUCUAAACUUCUUUCAGCAUGGUCAAUGCAGUCAGCUGAUCAUUUUGUUCUCCAUGUAACUCCUGCGACACAAGCUCAAUAUAAUGGCUGGGUAUUAAAAAUAGAGAACUGCCAAUUUUGCAGUUGUCAAAAACACAUAGAAAACGGAGAACCUGGUGGAGGUGGGAAUUGCACAGACAAUAGCAGAGUACUUUCAAAUAAACCUUGUUGUUUGAUCAGCAAUACAAACAUUUAGCUUGACAGUGAUAAUAGUAGUGUAUGAAGAACAUGAGCUUUUAAAUCCUAAUAAAAUAUGGUGAUUUUGUUUCAUUA